GACAGACCCCUGCCCCCGCUGGGGUGUCACAGGGUGACAUAUCGCUGGUGUCUCCAGGGGUGACAGACCCCUGUCCCCGUCACGAUAUCACGGGGUGACCCAGGCCACCCACGUGGCCACGCUUUGGCGAGCCCCGUCCCCACCCUUGAUGCCACCGAGGCCCUUGGGGACCGGGGAGUGUUGGGGAGGGGGUGUCCAGCCUUACCUCCCGCCCGUGCCACGCUCCUGUCCCCUUCCGUCCCCGCCAGCCGCCAGUCCCCGUCCCUCCCUGGGCGCCGAUUGACCCUGUCCCUCCCCGGGCCACCUCCAGGGCCACCUCCAGGGCCACCAGGGCCAAGAGCCACCCUGGGGUGGCGGGGCGGGGUGGGGGGGGAGGUUUAUAUUUAGCAGCUCCCCAGGGACCGAUCGGGUUUCGGCUGGGCGCGCCGCCGUCCCCGCGGUGUCCCCGGGGGCCGAUGACAUGGAGGGAACGGGAUUACCCCGUGAGGGGGGCCAGGUGUCCUCGUCCCCCAUCCUGGGGCUGUGGCGCCAGGCUCCCCCCCCCAAGAAGGUGAAGAAAGCCGUCCUCUUCUUCGAGGUGGAGAUCCUGGACGCCCGGACGCGGGAGAAGCUCUGCUUCCUCGAUAAGGUGGAGCCCCACGCCACCGUCGCCGAGAUCAAGAGCCUCUUCACCAAGGCCCAUCCCCAGUGGUACCCGGCCAGACAGUCCCUGCGCCUGGACCCCAAGGGCAGGUCCCUGAAGGACGAGGACGUGCUGCAGAGCCUGCCCGUGGGCACCACCGCCACCUUCUACUUCCGUGACCUGGGGGCCCAGAUCAGCUGGGUGACGGUUUUCCUGACGGAGUACGCGGGGCCGCUGCUCAUCUACCUGCUCUUCUACUUCCGCGUCCCCUUCCUCUACGGCCCCCGCUACGACUUCACCGCCAGCCGCCACCCCGUCGUCCACCUGGCCUGCUGCUGUCACUCCUUCCACUACAUCAAGCGCCUGCUGGAGACGCUCUUCGUCCACCGCUUCUCCCACGGCACCAUGCCCCUGCGCAACAUCUUCAAGAACUGCACCUACUACUGGGGCUUCGCCGCCUGGAUGGCCUAUUACAUCAACCACCCGCUGUACACCCCCCCCGCCUACGGUGAUGAGCAGGUGAAGCUGGCGCUUGCCGUCUUCCUGUUCUGCCAACUCGGGAACUUCUCCAUCCACGUGGCCCUGCGGAACCUGCGCCCCGCCGGCUCCAAGACACGGAAGAUCCCGUACCCCACCCGCAACCCCUUCACCUGGCUCUUCCUGCUCGUCUCCUGCCCCAACUACACCUACGAGGUCGGAUCCUGGAUCGGCUUCACCAUCAUGACACAGUGUCUGCCCGUGGCCCUCUUCUCGCUGGUGGGCUUCGUGCAGAUGGCCAUCUGGGCGCAGGGCAAGCACCGCAGCUACCUGCGGGAGUUCCGCGACUACCCCCCCCUGCGCUCCCCCAUCGUCCCCUUCCUGCUGUGACACGGGGACAGCCCGCGGCACCCCCCCACCCCCCGCGGGGACACCCUAGGGACACCCUGGGAACACCCGGAGCCAGCGGGGGGGCAGGGGACACGGGGACAGGGGACACGAGCCUGUUGUCCCCCCGACCCCGUGCUUGAGGGUCCCAGCCCCGGUGUCCCCGUCCCUGUCCCCACGGGGUCUGUCCCCUCCCCGGUGGCAGUGUCACCCGUGGGACUGUCCCGGCCGCUGCGGGUGACAAAGCGACGUCACCCACGCGUGGCCUGUGACGGUGGCCCGUGUCACCUCCCUGUGGCCUGCCGUCGUCCCGCGGGGCCAGGAGUGACCUGUGUCACCCGUGGGUGGCCGGGAAUGACCUGUGUCACCCGUCAUUGUCCCCCCCUUGUCCCUGCAGGCGACAAUAAAUCAUGUCACCCCCCCAA